AUGAAGCUGUUCAUUAAGUUUCUUCCAUAUGAAUACAGACAUCGCCUGGUUGGUGUCACUGCUGAGUCCCUUAAUCGACUUGUUCCAGUAGGCGAACGAAUUGAGAUGGGAUUACACGAUGGUUGGUUCACGGACCCUACCUCCACAACUAAGAGACUCAGCACAAGGAAGGAGAAGGAGCCCCUGAUAGAGGGGAAUAUUGCAUACACCCAGACCAUUCAUCCUCCCCCGAUAGUUCAAGUAAGUGGUGAGCAGCAGCCGGCUUCAAGCCGCCAGCCCUUAAGGCAAUAUAAGAAAAGGCAAUUCACUCCACUACCUGGAUCCCUUUCCCAGGUCCUGACCAUACUUCGCAAGAAAAAUUUGUUGUCCACUGAGCCAAAGCGGCCAAACUCAGAGAGCUUCUCGAACUAUGAUCUGUCUAAGAAAUGCGACUAUCACAUGGGCGAGGUAGGACAUUCAACGAACGAUUGCUAUACCCUCAAGCACCGAGUACAGAAUCUGCUGGACACCAAGGCCUUCUCGUUUCAGACGUCCAAGCUAGAUGUCCAGAAUAAUCCGUUACCAGAGCAUGAAAAUAAAAUUAAUGCCAUAUUCAGUUUCGACGCUGGUCGAAUCAAGAACGUAAGGGUAUACACCACUGACGUUUAUAAGGGUCUGGUGAAAGCAAGAUACUAUCCUGCCGACGAGGUACUGCCCUUGGCCCGGAUGAAGGAAAGAGUUGCCAAAAUGGCACAAGCAGGCCUGAUUGCAUAUGUCGACCAUACCGGCAUAGUGGCCACUAUCUCUCAGGUUAUCAUUAACUGGGAUGAAGAACUUUCAGCAUUGAAUGCCGAAACCAGCGAAUCCAUCCCCACACUUGUGAGCGUGCCUUUAGCUAACAACCCAAAUGACGAGGAGGAACUGACGAUUGAAGUGCCCCAAACUGAGGAGCAUAUAGUGAUCGAGAUACUUCAGCCUUAUCAGUAUGAGAAUGACAAGGCAAUCCCAUGGUCCUACGAACUGGAUGUUGACCUAGUCACAAGGUUAGGGCGAACAUAUGCCCAAGCCGAUGCGCAGCCUUUGACGCCUGUUACCGACGAAAAAGCCAAGGAAUUUUUGGCCAUCAUCAAAGCCAAUGAAUACAACGUGGUGGAUAAACUGUGCAAGUUACCCGCCCAGAAUUCUUUGCUAGAACUACUUAAAACAUUCUCGAAGCAUUAA